AUGUCCUUAUCGGCGGAGCGGAACGAGCAGUUCUCCGAAAAGGAAUACUGGGAGCAACGCUAUGCCAAUGAGACCGAAACCGACUUUGAUUGGUUCAAGACUUAUGAAGAUCUCAAAUCGCUAUUUGACGAGCUGCUACCCGAUCGGGAGGCACGAAUCCUCAUGCUCGGCUGCGGCAAUUCGACGCUGUCCCCAUCGAUGCACAUUGCCGGCUACAAACGCAUCAUCAACAUCGACUACUCCUCCAACCUCAUCUCCUCCCUCUCUCGCCGCUAUCCCGACCAGACAUGGAUCGAGAUGGACAUCACCCAACUUUCCCUCCCUUCCAACAUCACCACUUUGGGUGGGCAAGGCAGCUUUGAUAUCGCCCUAGAUAAGGGGACCAUGGACGCCCUCAUGGCCGAAGGCAAGGGCAGCUCGGUAUGGAAUCCCAGCGACAAAGUCGUCGACGAUGUUCGGACGAUGUUGAACGGCGUUGAUGGAUUGCUGAAGGAGGGUGGAAAGAUGGUGUAUAUCACCUUUGGUCAACCCCAUUUUAGGAAAAAGUACCUCGAGGAGAUAGAUGGAUGGAGUGUUGAGGUUAGGACGGUAGGGGAGAUGUUUCAUUACUUUGUAUACGUGGCUACCAAGCUACCUGCGACCACAUCGGUGGAGACCGCAGAGACGACAGCGUGA